AAAAAUGAACUUCAUGAUCAUGUAAAAAAAAAAAUUUGGUCAAAAUGUAAAAUUAUUUAACAAAGGCAUAAAAUGACAUGAAUGAUGAACGCGACAGUUCUGUCAGUCGCUCGUUUCGACUUCACAUGGCCUCACGCCACCACCACGACGGCGCUCCUCCGCCCCCGGACUUCCGUCCCCCGCCGCGCGUCCUCCUCCUCCGGCAACCCCUCGAGUUCUCCCUCGUCGACCGUCCCCUCCCCGACGGCUUCCGCUUCCUCAAGCCCUGGGAAUCGCCGCUCCCCCUCGACGACUUCCUCUCCUCCUCCGCCGACGCCCGCUCCGCCGAGGCGAUCAUCUCCUGCGGCGUGUCUCCGGUCACCGCCGACGUGCUCCGGCGGCUCCCGAGCCUCCGCCUCGUCGUCACCACCAGCGCCGGCCUCAACCACAUUGACGUCGCCGAGUGCCGGAGGCGCGGGAUCGCGAUCGCCAACGCGGGGGGCGCGUACUCUGAGGUGGUGGCCGAUUUGGCGGUCGGGCUGCUGAUCGACGUGCUGAGGAAGGUCUCGGCGGGCGACCGGUUCGUGAGGCGUGGAUUGUGGAGCAGCGAGGGAGAAUUCGCACUCGGUUCGAAGCUCGGAGGCAAGAGAGUUGGAAUUGUUGGAUUGGGAAAGAUUGGCCUAGAAGUUGCUAAAAGGCUUGAGGCCUUUGGAUGUGCCAUUUCAUAUAACUCAAGGAAGAGAAAGCCAUACGUUUCGUACCCCUUCUAUUCCGAUGUCCGUGAGCUCGCCACUAACUGCGACAUUCUCGUAAUCUGUUGCGGCCUGAACGAGCAAACCCGCCACAUGAUCGAUAGGGAAGUGCUAUUGGCUUUGGGGAAGGUAGGUGUCGUCGUAAACAUUGGGCGUGGAUCGAUUAUCGAUGAACAGGAAAUGGUGCGACUUCUAGUCCAGGGAGAGCUUGGAGGCGCCGGGUUAGAUGUGUUUGAGAAUGAGCCCAACGUUCCUGAAGAGCUCCGUGCUCUCGAUAAUGUCGUAUUAUCCCCGCAUAGAGCUGUUUUUACCCUGGAAUCGUUUUCGAAAUUGUGCGAUCUCGUCGUCGGGAACUUGGAAGCUUUCUUUUCGGAGAAGCCCUUGCUUUCCCCCGUGUUAGAUGAGUGAGCCCGACUGCUCCGCCGGUGUAUAUCGGCUCUGUUACCGCUACUAAACUAGAUCCGGUUGGCUUUACCUGAAGCUGUCUUUCUACAACCGUGUUUGCCAAACAUUCAAGCACAUUUGAAUUCGGGUCCAACUGAUUUAAAUCCCCAAUCCUCCAAAAAAGUUAAUGUUUUCCUUUUGUCUGUUUGCCCAAUCUGAUUGCAGUGGACUCAAGAAGUACUUGCAAAACUGAUUUCAUAAAGUUCAA